AUGUUCAACGUGCAUCCGCAGACCCUGCGCCUGUACGAGCGCGAAGGGCUGCUGCAUCCCGAACGCUCGGCGGGCAACACGCGGCUCUACUCGCGCCGGGACAUUGACCACCUCAGCACGAUUCUGAAUCUGACGCGCGAGAUGGGGGUCAAUCUGGCGGGCGUGACGAUCAUCAUGGACCUGCUGCGCAAGCUCCGCGCCGCGCAGGAAGAAACGCGCGCCCUGCUGGCCAUGCGCGAGGCGCCGGGCAACUCACACAAUCCGGCUUCGACAUAA